AUGCUGGCGCUGCCGCAGACGGCGGUGGCAAGUGCGGCGGUGGUCUUUCAGCGCUUCGUUGCGAGCUCGGCGAUGGGGCGGUUCGAGGUGCGGCAGGCGGCGGCGCACCUCGACACUUCCUCCGAGGAGUACCGCCGGCUGAGUCGCUCCCUCGCUGAGUGCGAGCGGGCGGUGCGGGCGGAGGUUGGAGCCGCGGGCGGGCUGCUGCCGCAGAGCGGCGAGGCGGGGCGGGCGUGGAGAGCGCGCGGGCAGGUCUUGGAGGCGGGCGAUCUGUACGCGAUCCUCUUCCAGUACCUCUGGCUUGCGUUCAAGGCCCCAGUGGCGCCCGCGCUGGGGGUGGCCGUCGGGCGCCGCGCGUACAGUUUCGUCAACGACAGCCUCCGCACAGCCACCUGCGUCGACUUCGGCCCCGAGGCUCUUUGCUGCGCCGCCAUCUGGCGUGCGUGA